AUGUCACUGCACCAUUUCAUUACUUUACAGGACCCCCAUAUUCCCUGCAAGGACCCCCAUAUUCCCUGCAAGGGCCCCCAAAUUCCCUGCAAGGACCCCCAUAUUCCCUGCAAGGACCCCCAUAUCCCCUGCAAGGACCCCCAUAUUCCCUGCAAGGGCCCCCAUAUUCCCUGCAAGGACCCCAAAAUUCCCUGCAAGGACCCCCAAAUUCCCUGCAAGGACCCCCAUAUCCCCUGCAAGGACCCCCAAAUUCCCUGCAAGGACCCCCAUAUUCCCUGCAAGGACCCCCAUAUUCCCUGCAAGGACCCCCAUAUUCCCUGCAAGAGCCCCCAUAUUCCCUGCAAGGACCCCCAUAUUCCCUGCAAGGACCCCCAUAUUCCCUGCAAGGACCCCGGUAUUCCCUGCAAGGGCCCCCAUAUUCCCUGCAAGGACCCCCAUAUUCCCUGCAAGGGCCCCCAUAUUCCCUGCAAGGACCCCCAUAUUCCCUGCAAGGGCCCCCAAAUUCCCUGCAAGGGCCUCCAUAUUCCCUGCAAGGACCCCCAAAUUCCCUGCAAGGACCCCCAUAUUCCCUGCAAGGGCCCUUCAAGUCAAUUAUAUGGGGUCCCUGGACUGCGACAUUUGUACAUCAAGGUAAAACAAUGA